GAAAUUUGGACAUUUUCGUAGCUCAUUUUACUUUCUCCUCUUUCCAAAUACCCUUAUUGAAACCACCCGACAACAUCGGGGAAAAGAAAUUCCGACCGGAUCCGUUCCGUUGCCUUGUCGACGAACAUGUCUGGUUCCUUCCGUUGUUCGAUUUCUCUAUCUCCAUUGCAUUCUAAUGAGUUCCCAAGAAUUCCAGUUACGAUACCCCGCAUUCAUGUCUCUGUUCCAAAGCCAGUGACGGUCGCACUUUCUAAGGUUGUUUCACCACUGAGAGUGGCGGCGCCGGGAGUAAUGAUUGAGGCGGCGGGCUUGGAAGUGGACCGAGUAACGGAAGCGGAGCUGAAGGAGAAUGGGUUUAGGAGCACCCGUAAGACCAAGAUCGUCUGCACAAUCGGGCCUCGCACGUGCGAGUUCGAAGAGAUUGAGGCUUUGGCCGUCGGAGGAAUGAACGUGGCGCGUGUGAAUAUGUGUCACGGAACCCGCGAGUGGCACCGGGAUGUGAUCCGGCGGGUGAGACAAUUGAAUGAAGAGAAAGGGUUUGCCGUUGCGGUUAUGAUGGAUACCGAAGGUAGUGAGAUCCAUAUGGAUGAUCUAAACGACGUCGAAUCGACCAAAGCCGAGGAUGGCCAAAUAUGGACUUUUACUGUGCGAGCAUUUGAUCAACCAUCACGCCCAGAACGUACCAUUACUGUUAAUUAUGAUGGCUUUGCUGAAGAUGUGAAAGUUGGUGAUGAGCUGCUUGUUGAUGGAGGAAUGGUGACGUUCGUGGUGAUCGAGAAGAUCGGUCCGGACGUAAUCUGUCGGUGUACUGAUCCAGGGUUGUUAUUGCCUCGUGCUAAUCUUACUUUUUGGAGAAACGGGAGUCUAGUUCGAGAGCGCAAUGCCAUGCUUCCGACCAUAUCUUCCAAGGAUUGGCUGGAUAUUGAUUUUGGUAUUGAAGAAGGUGUUGAUUUCAUUGCAGUGUCAUUUGUGAAGUCUGCUGAAGUUAUUAAGACUUUAAAGAGUUAUAUAAUCGACCGAUCGCCCGGAAGCCAAAUCGGUAUCAUUGCCAAGAUAGAGAGUAUCGAUUCUCUGAAAAAUUUGGAAGAGAUAAUUCAGGUAUCGGACGGAACUAUGGUAGCUAGGGGAGAUCUAGGUGCACAAAUACCAUUGGAACAGGUCCCGUCGGUUCAACAUGAGGUGAUUCAGCUAUGCAGGCAACUAAAUAAGCCUGUCAUCGUUGCUUCCCAGCUGCUUGAGUCGAUGAUCGAAUAUCCUAUACCAACAAGAGCUGAAGUUGCCGACGUUUCCGAAGCAGUAGGACAACAAGCAGAUGCUUUAAUGCUUUCUAGUGAAUCAGCUAUGGGACAAUACCCUGAGAAAGCAUUAGCUGUACUAAGAAGUGUUAGUUUGAGAAUCGAAAAGUGCAGAAGGGAGGAAAAACACUGGGAUGUAACUGAUCUUCGCAUCGUUUCAUCGUCCAAACUCGAUGAGAUUUCCGAGGAAAUAUGUAAUACAACUUCAAGAAUGGCCAACAAACUCAAAGCGGAUGCCAUAUUUGUUUAUACAAAAACUGGACAGACAGCAUCACUUCUUUCCCGAAACCGACCCGACUGUCCAAUCUUUGCGUUCGCACCCUCGACAUCUAUUCAAAGGUGUCUGAACCUGAAAUGGGGAUUGAUACCUUUCCGUCUCGAUUUCUCGGACGACGUGGAGAGUAAUCUAAACCGAACAUUCUCCUUGCUUAAAGCAAGAGCGAUGAUCAAGUCCGGUGACCUUAUCAUUGUUGUCUCCGAUGUUAUGCAAUCCAUUCAAGCAAUCAAGGUUCCGUAGAGUGGAAAUUAUGCUUUUAGUUUUGAUUGGUUUUAUGCAAUUUUCUUAAAUUUAUAUUAUAUUGUAGACAAUAUAUAGUAUAAAUUCAUUAUUGAUUAGGAAUUUAUUGAGAUGCCUUGGUUGCUUUGAACUGCCCUAUUCAACAUGGUGAAAAAUCACUCUCACCCUGUAAGAAGGAAGUACCCCAAAUGCUCGUUCUUUUUGUAGAACACAAUUUUAUUGGUGCUAUUGAAUUUGAUUGAUUUAGCUUUGUUAUGGUUGUAUGAGUUAAAAAUAGCAAAGACGACAUUUGUGUGUAUUUUUAUAUCGACUAUUCUGUUAUUUGUUUUCCACAA